UAUUAUCGAUUUUACAUAUAAUACGCAAACAUGGUGGAAGGAGCUACGCAACAAUCUCAGAACCAGUAUGAGGUUUAUAAUAUACCCACAUCUUUACCACCAACAGUACAAACAACAAAUGACAACUGGUGGAAACUCAACCGUAAAAAUAGACCACAAGCAAAUUCUGUGAGAACUGUAUCAUUCAUAUUUAUAUCGGGUGGUAUAAAUAUGGCAUGGAAACUUGGACUAUCGGCAACUCCAAAUACAGGAUUCUGGAUAACAGAAAGAAUGAUUUCAUGUUGGUUUGAGGGUGCCUUAAUAGGUGCUAUAGGUGGUGCCUAUUUCGUUAAAUAUUUUCCCAAAAAAUUUCUAAUGUGGAUGUCAUCAGUGCUAGUCUUUAUCAGUGGAAUAUUACAGUUGGCUGAUCCAAAUUCAUAUAACACUAUAAUGGCUUCUAGAUAUAUAAAUGGACUUGCUGUCGGUUUUAUAUUUCCUCUGGCAUUUGUCUUAAUUGGCUAAGAGCUCAUUAAACCCCUACGAGGUUUGCACGCCUGUAGUGUCGAUACAAUAUCAUUUAGUUUUGGUAUAUUUAUACAGAUUAUAUACCCCAAAUUAUUUUCCAAUAAUCCUGAGGCCCCGUUUUCAGCAACUCAAAUGUAUGGGCUACUUAAUAUGAUUUGUGGUAUAAUAGCAUUUAUUUUGACAACUAUGUACCUAAUAGAAUCCCCGAUUUUUUAUUUGGUACGUGAGGAUGAACGCAUGGCCUUAGAGUCAUUGAUAGCUUUACAAAAACCUCAUGAAUUAACAUCUGAAACAUACGAACAGUUGGAGGAACACAAACGUUAUUUGGCCGAAAGUAAGGAAAAAACAUUUAAGGAAAAUGCCAUCUACGGUAUCCCAGCUUUGUUAAAACUUUGUUUCUAUCGUUCCUUUAUGACUCUUGGAUUUUCAUAUUUAGUUAAUUUUGCUUUUGCAUAUUCGUCGCUUGUUACCAUAGAACUCAAUUCAUAUUCAUAUAUUUUCUAUGCAUUUGCAAAAUUAUUAGGUCCAUUGAUUGCCUCAUUUACAUUAGAUUCCAUAGGCAGAAAACCAACUAUGAUUAUAGGUUUCUUCGGUAGCUCAAUUUUGGCAUUCGUAGUGGGUGUUAUUUUUAAAAAUGAAAUAAAUUAUACCAUCAUCGAACGCAUGAACUCCGUUAAAUAUGUUUUAAUCUUCUUUCAACUUUUCUCCUCCCUAUCAAUGGCUUCGUCAUCGGCCUAUUUGAGUGAAGCUUUUCCGUUGCCGGUUAAACGUCAUUAUUUGACCAUUGUUUUUAUCGUAGAAAUGCUUGUUCACAUUAUAAUUGGCUCUAACAAACAGCUAUUUAUUGUUAGUAAUAUAUUCCUUAUCUCUGAUUAUUUCCUAACUUUGGGUUCUCUCUCACUGGUAUUUUUACUGAUGUCAGUAUUUGUUAUGCCAGAAACUAAAUCGUGUUCUCUACGUGAAUGUCUACCAAAAUUUAGAAAAUUUAUUAACUUUUCGC